AUGGCGGAAUUAAUCUCGGCGGAUUUAAAAUCAAAUCAUACUGUGUUGACUGAUUUGAUAGACGAUUGGCUCGGAAUUAGAAUUGGAUCAAGAAUUAGAAAUACUGAAAUGGAUCAAGUUUCGGGCACUUCUACUUCUGAAGUGAAAGAACCACUACCAAAAAAGCAGAAGAUUAAACAAAUGUUUAGUACCGCUAACGUAAGUUCUGAAAUAGCUCCUAUAAAAGAUUUUUUAGAUACGAUGACAAAAGAAGAAAUAUUUAGAUAUAAAGCAAAUCGUGUCUUAAUUCAAUUUUUUAGUCAACUAAGCUUUAAUCCAUAG